CCAAGAUGGCGGCGCCCGGCGGGGCGGGCGCGGCCCCGAUGCCGAUCGCGAUCCCGAUCCCGAUCCCGGGCCCCAUGCCAAUCCCGGAGCCGCCGCCGUUCCCGGCCUGGCUGGCAGCGCGGCUAGACGCGCUGGGGCUGGACCGCGCCGUGUACGGCGCCUACAUCGAGGGGCUGCUGCGGGAGGAGGAGAGCGACGAGGAGCGGCUGGAGGCGCUGCGGGCCGUCCUGGCCGCCUGCCUGGAAGAAGAUCUCUUGAAUGAUGUGUGCAGGGAGGUUGUGGAGAGGUGGUCUGACUCCCAGGUCGUUGAUUCCAAAGAGGAGAAAGAAGAUGAGGUCCAGGCCAUCGCCAGCAUGAUGGAGAAGCAGGCCAGGAUAGUGGUGAAGCCCAAGGAGGUGUCUCAGGAAGAGAAGCAGAGGAAGGCUGCGCUCCUGGCCCAGUAUGCCAACGUGACUGACGAGGAGGAUGGUGGGGAUGAACAGGAUGGAUUGAUGACAGCUGUAAAUAUUGGAUCAGAAAAAUCGCUGUUCCGAAACACCAACGUGGAGGAUGUGCUGAACGCCAGGAAGCUGGAGCGGGAGCUGCUGCGGGAUGAGUUCCAGAAGAAGAAAGAGCAGGAUAAACUGCAGCGGGAGAAGGACAAGCUGGCCAAGCAGGAGCGGAAGGAGAAGGAGAAGAAACGAACACAGAAAGGCGAGCGGAAGCGGUAGCUGGUGAUUUCCAGUUGGACUCUCAAAGGAUAAAAUUAAUUCUGAAUACGGUGUGUGUUUAAAAAGCAGCAAGAAUUCCAGGCACGUGGCUGGGAGCAGUUCUUGGAAAGUGGUGCCUUUUUUUUUUCUUUUUUUUUUUUUGUUUUGUUACAUAGCAGAACAGAAUCUCUGAGCAGCUCCUGGACUCAGUGUACCCUGUGCUUGUGGUAUCAGUGUCCCAGUCAGUGCUCAUGGCCAGUGUCUGUACCAAAGAAGGGUGAAGUGAUUAUGUC